AUGGGGCUGCGGGCAGCAUUUGUGUCAAACUCGACAUCUGCCGCAUUCCUGGCAGAAUCGGCAGGUUUCCACUCUCUGGAUGUGCUUGACUGUGGAAAGGCACCAACACAGCCAGCUGAUUAUGCUGUGCACAAAGUGUUCGGGCUACCAUCCGCUGGCCGUGUUGCUAAGCAGCUAAUCUUUCACUUGGGUGUUGAGAGUGCAUCCACACAGCCAACAGCUCCAACACGAAUCGACGUGAGGGAAGAGCAUGACAAUGAACUGGAUUUGCUGCUGCUUCACAUUGAUGCCCAUGCAGCUAUGCUGUCUGCUACCACUGGCACCAGGGACACAGCUGCGACGCCGUCUGAGACAAUUGCCACAACAGAAAGCCUGAUGCCACAAGACACGGAGGUUGCCAGAUGUCCAGCAUCUAGACCCCACAGUGCAGACCCCAUUGAAGCAUCUUGUUCUUGUCUCGAGUGGCUUGACGACCUGCUUCUGGCUCUAAAUGAAAGUAAAGAGGUUCGCAGCCAGGUCCUCCUGUGUUUAGUGCUGGGCUCCCAGGGCGAUCCCCUGGGGCAGAUCCUGGAGGAAGGUGGCAGAGAGCUGGAGCCAUGGACGGCGCAGGCAGAGAACGCACGAGGUUGUGGAAGCCAGCAAGGCGGCCAACUGCCCAAGCUGGUCCGCCCCAGGCAAAGCUUUCAAUUUUGCGGCUUGGAUUAUGUCGAAGCUGACCUCCAGCUGCCCCUCUUGACGGUCUGCAGGUGCAAAGGCGUUGUUAGAUGUGACUGCGUGCAGCGGGUAGAUGUGGGAGAUGCCAGAGCGCUGGGCGGCGAUGCAGCCAUCCUGGUGGACAGGCUUUUGUACGGAAUUGCCUACACGAUGGGAAAGGCGACGAAGUACGGUGCAUGA